CACAGGAGAAUGCAGCAGAAUACAGGAGAAAGCAGGAGAAACCAGGAGAAAGCAGGAGAAUACAGGAGAAACCAGGAGAACACAGGAGAAAGCAGGAGAACACAGGAGAAACCAGGAGAAACCAGGAGAACACAGGAGAAAGCAGGAGAAAGCAGGAGAACACAGGAGAAACCAGGAGAAUAUAGGAGAAAGCAGGAGAAUACAGGAGAAACCAGGAGAACACAGGAGAAAGCAGGAGAACACAGGAGAAAACAGGAGAACACAGGACAGGAGAAAGCAGGAGAACACAGGAGAAACCAGGAGAACACAGGAGAAAGCAGGAGAACACAGGAGAAAGCA